CCUCCACCACGUCCACAUCCACGGCCCGCUGCGAUCGCGUUCCACUCAGUUUCAGUUUGGCCGCGGAUGUGCGAGUACGUCGGACGAUCGCAGUCGGCUGUGCACGUGUUUGACACCGAGUGUCCAAAUAAUGUACGCACUGUACUAGAACCGUCGAACGUACGGAUAAGUGACAUGAGCGACUCCGAGUGCGUGUGAGGGUUUCGGAAAGUUGUCUGGUGAUUCGGUGCCAUGAUUAUAUCAAAAGAUCUGUUCCUGCUGGGAGACCAAGACUACUUGAGACUCCCGAAUAAGGACGAGAAAAGGCCAGCUAUGAUAAGACCUGUCGUUAAACCGCAAAGGGUAGAUACAACAACGGUCCAUUUCCCAUGCCUCAUCACAGAUCACCGGCCCCUCCCCAUCCACCUGGCCUUCCGAGGCCUCACCGUCUCCGCCGCCUCCCGCCAGAUCCUCCAAGAAGUGGACGGUCUGGUUCGUCCCGGACAGAUCCUCGCCGUCAUGGGUCCCUCCGGUUGCGGCAAGACCACCCUCCUCAACUGCCUCAGCGGGCGGUUGAAACUCGACUCUGGCCAGAUCUUCUUCAACAGGGACCUCCUGUGCAAACGCUGGAAGCGCAAAAUCUGCUACGUCCUCCAGCAGGACAUCUUCUUUCCCGACCUAACCCUCCGCCAGACCCUGGAGUACACCGCAAGACUGAGAUUGCCCGACACCAUGAGCCAUUCGCAGAAGAUGCAGUACGUGGAUCACAUCAUCGACGUGCUCGAGCUGCAGAACUGUCAAGACACCAUCAUCGGGGACUACAUCAAGCGGGGUCUGAGCGGCGGCGAGAAGAAGAGAGCGAAUAUCGCGUGUGAAUUGUUGACCAAUCCGUCGUUGAUGCUUCUGGAUGAACCUACGUCUGGGUUGGAUUCGCAUGCGGCGCACAGUUUGAUGACGACGCUGAAGAGGUACGCGGUGACGGAGGGGAAGACGGUGGUGAUCACCCUGCAUCAGCCCUCGUCACAGAUUUUCCAUUUGUGUGAUAAGUUGUUGCUUUUGUGUAACGGACAGACGGCGUAUUUUGGGGACACUUGCAAAGUUGUGGACUUUUUUAGUAAUAUCGGACUGAAUAUCAUGCCACAUUACAAUCCUGCCGAUUUUAUAUUGGAACAAAUAAAAGGAACAAACGACGUGAGGCAAAGGAUAAUAACGGCAGCUCGGGAAGCUCGCAAGAGCAAGGACUACCCCAUCGAACUCCAGACCGACUGUUCGUACAUCACCGACAAAUACAGCGACCAUCACGCCACCAAAAUCCUACCCGCAACGCACGGACCGUACCCAAGCUUAGAACAAGAUACGAUAAACUCGAUGGAGCCGGACGUGCGAAGACUUUGGCUGGAUACCCAUUCCCACGCGUCGUCGUCGGUUAGUUCGGAAACGAGCGACGCAGACUGUUACUUCUCGUGGCCUACGAGCUUCUGGACGCAGUUCAAAGUAUUGUCGCAGAGGAACUUCCAAGAGGCGCGGCCUAGGAUGUUGUCGAAACUUAACUGGGUACAAACUAUAGGUUUAGGUUUAUUGGCUGGACUGCUGUGGUUCCAGCUGGAGCGACGCGAAGAGGCUCUGCACGACAUUCAAGGCUGGAUGUUCUUCUCGACGACGUACUGGAUGCUGUUCGCCCACUUCGGAGCGCUCAGUUCUUUCCCCCCAGAACGCGAGGUCAUCAACAAAGAGAGACAAUCAGGGGCGUAUCGGUUAUCGGCGUACUAUCUAGCCAAAAUGAUAGGGGAGUUACCCUUGACCAUCACCCUACCGGCGGUCUACCACCUUAUCUCAUAUCCUAUGUUAGGUUUUCAUUCACCCUUCGUGUUUCUCACCCUUUUGGGCUUCUUGUUGUUGAAUACAAUAGUUGCACAAAGUGUGGGCUUCUUCAUCGGAGCCUGUUGUAUGGACAUGCAAGUGAGCAUCACAAUCAGCGCCCUCUACACGCUGGCGACACAGCUUUUCGGAGGUUACCUUGCCACCAACAUACCGGUCUGGCUGACUUGGAUGAAGUACAUGUCGAUGGUGCACUACGCGUACCAGAACAUGCAGAUCGUCGAGUUCAGCGAGGGACUGCCGAUACUAUGUGCGCAGCAGUCCAAGUUCAAGGUUUGCACCGAUUCGGAGCACAUCCCCGUCUCGGCCAUAUUGGAGGCUCAGGGAUCGUACCUUCCUUUAUGGGCGAACACGUUCGUCUUGCUAGCCUUCUUACUCGUCUUUCGUAUCCUAGGCUACAUCGUACUGCGCUAUUUCAAAGCUCCCAAGUGACCCUAAACGAAUUCUUGUAUCAUAAAAUUGUGAUAAAAAAAUAUACAUAAUGUAAUACGAUAGAUAUUAGUCGUGCAGACGACAAAAAUCAAAACUUAGGCGUUUCGGUUCGGGCGCCGCUAAACGGACAGUUGUGACUGCGGUUAAUUUUUUUAUGAACAGGCUGUGCUUCAAUGUAACUCAUUCGUGUUACUUUUACGUUAAGUUCUUAAUUUUAAUCGUUCAUUCCAACUUGUUUUUAGUAUGAAGAAUUUCGUCGUGAUGAUCUGGCUGUAGAAUUCUUUGUAAUAACGACAGGUUAUCGGCUUAUUAUUUUUAUUUCAAGUGAGGAGGGAGUGUGUUUGCACAGUGCCUUGGUUUCUUUUCGUUUUAGUAUUCGAUGUGCCAAGUAUCGACAACCAGCUACGGCAACUGCCAGAUUUAAACCGUUCAUGUAUUAAGAGAAGUGCACUGCGUUCUGCGAGGCGUGAUAACGUUGAUAAGAGUUUGUGUUGUGGUGCAAAGAGUCAUGCAGUUCUUCGAUUGCAUUGCACGUCUUUACAUCCGUUUAGGAAAUUUGCGAGGUCUACAACGCAAACGUUCCGACGGCGUCGACUUUAUUGGUACUUAAUUGUAAAUAAAUUUGACCCGAUUCGCACGACAAAAUUUUCCUUUCGAGCAAUAAUGACGGAAGAAUAUCGCAAAGAGAGUGUCUGGUAGCUUGGGCCGGUGCGUGACUGUAGAUCUUCGUAAAUUUCCAAAUACUCAAAUGUAUAUUUUUGUUAUGUUUACGAUUAUAAGUACAUCACUACACAAAGGUAACUAUUGCAUUUUUUAAAACUAUAUUUAAAUCUAAGUAUGUUUAUUUUUGUGUAAUUUAAGUUUUAACAAGCGAGACAUUACCUGAUAUGUAUGAUUACCAAUCAAGUGUUCAAACACUUAGUCAAAGCGAAUGCCCUAGCGUCACGCAUUAAGAUCACAGCUUUUAUAACUUGUACAGAUAUAAUAUAUUUAUUAAAACGGUUUUAAUCGUGACCGCGGGCUGUAAUAUAACCAUAUAAAUAAACUUUCUGCGAAUAUUUGCCUUUCUUACUUUUUUUAAAUUAAGUUCUUGUAUAUAAACGUAAAUUUUAUUACUUUGGACCAAUUCUAAACGUGAAAAUUCUAACAGACAGUUGGCUUAUAAUUGUUAGCAAACAGAUCGUUUUUAUACAUUGUUACCGCACGAUGAUUUAGAAGGUACUGUUGGCAGAAAUAGUAUUUAUCAGAAAUCUAUAAUAGUUGUUAGCGAGACACUAAAAGACCAAAUUUUAACUGCCAUUUUCAAAAUUAAUGCCAAGCUGUUGUUGAACAUUUGAAAAUGUUGGAAAGACUAAUAAUAUCAAAUGUUAUUCAUAUCAUAUGAUGCUAUUGUUUAUUAUUAUCUCAUACGUCUAUACUUCCACGUAUAUGUAUAAUUGUACAAAGACAAACUCCUUGUAUCUAUGUUAUAGCUAGUCCUAGCCUCUCAUUUAACUAGGA